AUGGUUUUAUCCUUCUGUAUCUCCUAUUUCUCAUUCCCUCAUUUCUACUUCUUCUUCUUUGUCUUUUUCUUCUUCUUUUUUUCUUCUUCUUCUUCUUCUUCUUCUUCAUCAGUUUUAAUUCUGUUCAACCAUUUUCAUCCGCCUGUUUCUACUCUUCCUCCUCCUCCUCUUCUUCUUCUUCUUCUUCUUCUUCUUCUUCUUCUUCUUCUUCAUUUUAAAUGUUCACCUAUUUUCAUCCUCCCGUUCUUACUCCUCCUCUUUUUCUUCUUCUUCUUCUUCUUCUUCUUCUUCAAUUUUAAUUUCCCAUCCUCCUAUUCUACUUCUGCUUCUUCUUCCUUUUUCCUUUUUCUUCUUCCUCAAUUUUUAUUCCGCUCACUCAUUUUCAUCCUCCUACUCCUACUUCUCCUUCUUCUUCUUCUUCAAUUUUUAGUUAUAUUCAUCUAUUUUACAUCCUCCUCCUUUCCCCCUCCUCCUCCUUUUCCCUCUCCUCCUCCUUUUCCCUCUCCUCCUCCUUUUCCUCCUCCUGCUACUACUACUUCUUCUUCUUCUUCUUCUUCUUCUUCUUCUUCUUCUUCUAUUUUUAAGUCCCGUUUUUAUCCCCCUCCUACUUCUUCUUCAAUUUUAAUUUCCCAUCCUCCUAUUUCUACUUCUUCUGUUUUAAUUCCGCUCACUCAUUUUCAUCCUCCUACUGCUCCUUUUCCUCCUCCUCCUGCUACUACUCCUACUACUACUACAUCUUCUUUUUCUUCUUUUUGUUCUUCAAUUUUUAAGUCCCCCAUUUUUAUCCUCAUACUCCUACUUCUCUUUCUUCUACUACUACUUAUUCUUCUUCAAUUUUUAGUUAUGUUCAUCCAUUUUACAUCCCCUCCUCCUCCUCCUCCUACUACUACUACUACUACUACUACUACUACUUCUCCUUCUUCUUCCUCUUCUUCUUCUUCUUCAAUUUCUAAGUCCUGA